AUGUAUUUUCGACUACAACAGGAAUACGUCUGGAUACAUAUUGUUGCUUUUCUUUGUCUUUGUGGCCGGUCGGCUUCGCAAUUAUCCUACUCCAUUUCCGAGGAGGUGAACAAAGGCACCGUGUUGGGAAAUAUCGCGAAGGAUUUAAACCUCAAUGUACAGGACCUAGAAACCAGGGAUCUACGUAUUGUUUCGAGUUACAGUAAGAAAUAUUUUGAAGUGAAUUUGCGGACCGGCAACCUCGUUGUUGGCGAGAGGGUAGACAGAGAGGAGCUUUGUCCAAAUGUGGUAAAAUGCUCCAUCAAAAUACAAGCAGUUCUAAACGAUCCAAUGACUGCACACCGCAUAGAGGUUAAUAUCUUAGAUGCAAACGAUAAUUCGCCUGCUUUUUCUGAAGGAACGUAUUAUUUUAAUAUUUCCGAAUCAUCUUUAACCGGAGAGCGAUAUCUUCUCCCAAUAGCAGUAGACGCAGACAUAGGCAGCAACUCGGUAAAGAGCUACAAGCUGAGCCAAAAUGCAUAUUUCUCUCUUGAUGUGCAGAGCGGUGGAGAACACGGUGUGUCUGCUGAGUUAGUCCUGCAGAAAGCUUUAGACAGAGAGAAACAGUCGGUAAUCAGACUGAUAUUGACGGCUGUGGAUGGAGGUAAACCUGCAAGAUCGGGGUCAUUAAACAUACACGUUAAUGUAUUAGAUGUCAAUGAUAAUAUUCCAGUUUUUAGUAAAUCACUUUAUAAAGUACGUGUGCAUGAAAAUGCUGAACAUGGAACAGUGGUAAUUAAGUUAAAUGCAACGGAUUUAGACGAGGGCAUGAACAGUAAGAUCCUAUAUUCGUUCAUCAAUCGAGGAAAUAUUGAUCCAUCAAAUAUUUUCGAUUUAAAUUCUGAAACAGGAGAAAUCACUGUUAAGGGUAGAUUAGAUUAUGAAGAGACUCCUGCUUAUGAAGUUAGAGUUCAAGCAAAGGAUCAAGGCAUCUCACCUCGCAGUGCUCAUGCUAAACUGCUGAUAGAAAUAAUUGAUGUGAAUGACAAUGCCCCGGAAAUAUCUGUGACGUCACUCAUGACCCCAGUAAAAGAAGAUGCAGAAAUGGGCACAAUAGUUGCUUUGGUUACAGUAAGUGAUAAAGAUGGAGGAAACAAUGGUGUGACUAACUGUAAGGUAGUGGGAUCUGUUCCUUUUAAGCUGAAGUCCAACUACAAAAAUGACUAUUCAUUAGUAGUAGAUGGACCACUGGACAGAGAAAACAUUUCUCUUUACAAUGUCACAAUUACAGCAACAGAUGAGGGAAAUCCACCUCUGUCCAGUAUCAGAGUCAUUACUGUUCAUGUGUCUGAUGUCAAUGAUAAUGCACCUCGAUUUAUGGAGCCUGUGAUUAAUGUUUAUGUGAGAGAAAAUAGUGCAGUAGGCUCUGUUAUUCAUGCAAUACGUGCCUUUGAUCCUGAUUUAGACAGAAAUUCAAAGCUGACUUAUAAGUUGUUAGAUAGUUCCCCAAAAAAUAUUCCUAUUUCAUCCGUUUUAAACAUCAACUCAGAGACCGGAGAUAUAGUCAGCCUGCAGUCUUUUAACUAUGAGGAGUUAAACACGUUUCAGUUUAAAGUCCAGGCCACAGACUCUGGUGUUCCUCCUCUCAGCAGCAACGUGACUGUGAACGUUUUAAUUCUGGAUGAAAAUGACAAUAAUCCAACAGUCCUCGCGCCCUAUUCUGAACAUGGCUCCGUUAACAGUGAGAGCAUCCCCUAUUCUGCUGAGGCGGGAUACUUUGUGGCAAAGAUCAGGGCUGUAGACGCAGACUCUGGAUACAAUGCGCUGCUUUCUUAUCACCUCUCUGAGCCCAAAGGAAACAACCUCUUCCGGAUUGGAACCAGUAGCGGAGAAAUCAGGACUAAGAGGAGAAUGAGUGACAAUGACCUGAAAACUCACCCCUUGGUGGUGUUGGUUUCUGAUAACGGAGAACCCUCCCUGUCAGCUACUGUCUCUAUUGAUGUGGUGGUGGUUGAAAGCACAGCUGACAUCCAGACUCAGUUCAGACAUGUGCCCACAAAGGAGGAGAGCUUCUCAGAUUUGAACCUGUAUCUGCUGAUCGCCAUUGUGUCGGUGUCGGUGAUCUUCCUGCUGAGCCUCAUCAGUUUAAUAGCUGUCAAAUGCCACAGGACAGACGGCAGUUUCAGCAGGUACAGCGCCCCAAUGAUCACCACCCACCCUGACGGGAGCUGGUCUUACUCUAAAUCUACUCAGCAGUACGACGUGUGUUUCAGCUCAGACACAAUGAAGAGUGACGUAGUGGUUUACCCCGGACCGUUUCCGCCUGUAGAUGGUGAACUGAUCAGUAUAAACGGAGGAGACACUUUUACCAGAACUCAGACUUUACCCAACAAUGACAAGUCUCCUCCUUCCCGUGUGAAGCAUCAGCAGACUGCGAGUGCUUUGUGA